UGAUUGUUGCAGCUCUUCAAACUAGCUGCUGGAGAACAGUGCAAGAUUUGCAGAGGCAAAUGGAUGAAUACUAUUAUACACCCAGUUCAGGUGAUAAUUACUCCUAUGAAGAUGUUUUUAAUGAAAGCAAUGUCUGUGAAAUGGGCAGCUAUUUUGUAUUUUACACCCAUCUCUCUACUGUCCUCUACACUCUGGCAUUUUUACUCAGCCUGCUUGGAAACAGCCUAGUGUUGUGGAUCCUAUUCAAAUACGAAAACCUCACAUCUUUAACGAACAUCUUCAUCAUUAAUCUCUCUGUCUCUGAUUUAGUCUUCUCCUGCAUGCUGCCUUUCUGGGCAGUGGACCAGUCCUUUGGGUGGAUUUUUGGUGAGUUCCUCUGCAAGGCAGCAAAUGCUGUUUUCUCCAUCGGCUACUACAGCGGUGUUUUCUUUCUGACACUCAUGACGAUCCUGCGGUACUUGGCUGUAGCGAACCCACUUUCAACCUUGAGAUCCCAGAUGCAGCGCUGUGGGUUUCUGGUGAGCUUGGCUGUUUGGACUGGUAGUACAUUAAUUGUGGUUCCUGAGGUUAUCCACACCACAGUGCAAGAAAACCUGGGGGACAAGAUCUGUGAUUAUGAUGAUUGGAAAUGGAAGAAGGUGGACGUUUAUCAAAGAAAUGUACUCUUCCUGCUUUCCUUUGGGGCUAUUGUAUUCUGUUAUGUCAAGAUACUGAUAAUCCUGCUCGGAUCAAGAUCUCGCAGAAAGCACAGAACUGUGAAACUCAUCCUCACCAUUGUGCUGGCUUUUUUCCUGAGCUGGGCACCUUACAACAUCCUCAGCUUUCUGACUACUUUUCCAUCACCCACCUGUCAGUAUGAAAAAGACUCCAACCUUGCCUUUUACAUCAGCCGUAAAAUCGCUUUCUUCCACUGCUGCCUCAACCCUGUGCUCUAUGUCUUUGUUGGAGUCAAGUUCAAGAGGCAUUUGUUCCGUUUAUGCAGUCAGUAUUCACCCUGUGGCCACAAACAAGUCUCCAGCCCCAGGGUCUGCUCUCAAGGCAAAUUCCACUAUGAGAAUGCAUCCAUCUACUGAAGCAAGACCUCACUUGUAGCACUUACCCUGGAUGAGCUUUCCAAUUCUAAAAGCCAUGGAUAACCUCUAAUUCUUAGAGGCACUUCCCUGAGAAAGACACAUAAAUUUACCUUUGCAAACAUGCUGUGUAUGGAAAGUCACAACAAAAUGUACUUGCAGUGGGAUGGGGAGCUAAGGAUGCUGCGAAAUGACUUCAUGGGCCUGUAAGUCUUAUCUUUAUGUUUUGUGCAGUGAGAUGGGUUUUCUCCCAUGUAUAGUUUCUUUUUAAAAGCAAAAGAAAUAUGUUCACUUUUUCUUUGGGAGCUGAAACAUUGGGUUUUAACACAAGCAGCGUUACAUGUUGCUUUGUCACCUGACUUAGAAUACAUGGGUUGUAUAUAGCAAUGGACACAUCUAUUUCUAUAGCCUCUAAGGAUUUACAGUGUUUAUCAGUGCUGAACUCAUUGGUUAUCUCUUCUGGGGACCCUCAGGAUUAACUGGCCUGAUAAUAGCUACAAAAACUCUGAGUCUCUGAAGUUCUCAGCACAAAUGUUCUUUUAUCUAUUAGUGUAUAUAUAUAUAUAAGUAGCUUAGUGUAAAAGCAGUCUUUCAGAUCUGAAAUGGGAAGUUUAGGAGAGCUCUAGAAGGAACACAAGCUGUUAAGCAGACACUUCACUAGGAUAGUAGUUUUCCUCCUGUUACUUCAGGCACCUUCCAGCCUCUGAAUAUCCCUUCAGGAGUUUGCAGAGGAUCAGCAGCCCAUCCUCACAGCAGCACAGGAGCAUAUUUGCCUCCAAAUGCUCUCUCCCUUUCUCCUUUUGCAACGGAGCUGAGAAGACUUAAACUUUCUAAGAAGGUUAUAGCACAAGUCAGUCCUGGUAUCCUAUUACUACAGAUAUUGCCUAAAACUUAAAAAAAUUGAACAGGUUACUCAUUAAUCCCAAAGUGUUCAGACAAAUGGAAAGGCAGAGGUUGCCAUGUGUUUUGUGGUGAAGACCAGCCUUUGGCUCUCGUCACCUGAUAAAGAGGCAUUUGAAAUGGAUGUGGCUGUUUCUGUGCUCUUCAAGAGACUUUGGACUGGAGACUCAAUACCCUCAAUUAUGAACAGACAACCUACUGAAGGACUAAUGAGUCCAAAUUCUUCUUCUGUUUUGCUAAGCCAGGACCACAUCACAGGCACCAGCAAAGCUCUGCAAGAGGAAAAUGCUACGAUGAGGAGUGAAAGGUCUCGUGCAACUACAUCAUUUCAACAAACUGUCCUUCAACUCCUGGCACUAGAGCUAUCCUACCCUGAAAUCAAUACAUUUUACACGUCUCUAAAAAACAGUCAAGAAUUAACAGAAGCAAUAAAAUGAGAGAUUGAAAUACCCUGCUUUGUGCAGGCUUGAACAGGUUAUUUAGUUGUCUGUAGCUUGAGCAUGUUUUGUUACAGUAUGUCUGAGCAUGUAAAGGGAAUACUUAAUACUGCCCACUUGUACGGCUACCUACCAUAACCAAAGUAACUCAGAAUGUGGAGAUUUCCCCUCCUCACCUA